AUGGCUGCCAGCGAUGCAGCCGUGCCCUCUACCGUGACUGGUCGAGCCGCCGACCGCCGUGGCUCCCCUCAGCCGGCCUCCCAAUCCAAGCGAGACCGCAAGCGACAAGCUCUCAUGGAGCGCCUGGCCAGUAUGAACGACAAGUUCCAGCGCGAGCGAGACAUGACAUAUCGCGAUCAGCUCCAGAAAAUUCAGUUCGACACCAAUCUCGUUCAGCGGUUCGACCCUUAUGACCCCAAGGUCCUAGAGGUCAUCUCCGAGAUGCAAAAAGAACACAAACAGACACAGGGCCCUCCAGUCAACGCUGAGGAUGCCCGGAGUCUUCUUGAUAUGGCUGGUAUUCGCUUCUCUGACUUCAUCGACGAGGUCGAGGACCUCGUCGAGAUUCGAGAUUUCCAAUUGGCCCAGUCCAAGAACGAGUACGAGCGACGACUUCAAGAGUACAAGAACACUUAUGCCUACAAGGUCGAGACUGCAAAGCGCGAGCAUCGUGCCUUGACCAGCACCCUGCGGGACCGUCUGAUCAACACCCUGACCCAGAAGAAGAACCGCCUUAAUCGGGAGAAGGAGGUCCUGGAGAUCAACGACUCCAACGCCCUGCUGCUCAACCCGAAUCAGUUCAGCCUCACCAACCCUUCGAGCCCCGGCGGCACCCACGGAAAACGAGCGACCCGGUUGCGCAAGGAUGCCGAUGAUAUGUACUCGGACAACAAGAAGCGCAAGCGGAACCCAGGCGACGACGAUGGAUCGCCUGUGCCCAUGCGCCGCGCCCUUGACCCGAAUAACACGACUCCCCUGUGGCAAUCGGAAAAGGCUCGCGCCGCAGCUAAGCAGAACGGCCCCGCCUAUAGCAUCGACAAGCUCUUCACCGACAAGGAGCUGUCGCUCAACUACAACACUGCUGCUCUGGCUGCCCACCAGUACAUCUUGCGCAACCGCGUUAGUGGCAGUGGAUCAUCCCCAGAAGAUACCGACUCUGGCAACGGGAAUGACAACGGAGAUGACGCCGAUUCCCAGCCCUCGGCCCCAAUGAUGGAGCGCUCCGUCUCGCAUGCCACGAGGAGUACGCGCGGCGGCGCAAACCACAACUUCUUGGACGACAAGAUCUUGGGCAUUGAGGGUAUUGCCAACUUCGAAGUCCCUGGCAACCUGGACCUCAUCCACGCCCAGGAGCCUCCCAAGAUGCCCCCUCCCGUGCCUCAGCAAUACCUGAAGCCUUACCCACGAUCCGCGGACCAGAACUUUCCCACGCCCCUGUCUCAAGAUGACAUCAUGUCAGAUCUUUCUGUUAUGGGGUAUUUUAAGCAGUACGACCAGUCACACAAGCCCGGCGCUCACCUCGAUGCCCAGAGCGGGUUGCGCAAGGUCCUCGAGGCCGUUGCGACUCCCUAUCAGGAGGGACGAUUUGUCGCCUUGACCGGCGCCUCCCGCGAGGACCCCGAGCUCCUCCGCGAUACCCUCGGCCUCCCUGCCAUCAGCAGCCUCCGUGACCAGCCCAGCCCGGCCCAGGCUCCAUCUGUCGCCGCUCUCUCCGGUGCCGCAGCGGCCCCCAUGAGUCGCCAGAGCAGCCUCGGUGGCGUUGCCAUGAGCCGACAGGGCACCGGUGGCAGCGCCCGCGGUAAGGGCCGCAAGAAUUGA